CAGUUGUCAAAAUCGUCCGUGGCACCGUCUCUUUGCUUUUAGCUGCCGUUCCGGAGCGCUUAACAUAAAAAAAGGAAAACGAGGACUCCAUUUCGCCGAUUCCUACGAUAAUUCUUCUUGUCCUGUGUGGCCAUCGAAUCGCAGCCUGCUGUACCUGGUCGUCGAUCGAGAUUGCGUAAAUCGUGGCCAAUAGUUUUUUGGUCCUCCUCUUCUCGAGGGCUGUCUACCGCCGCCACCGCAGCAGCCGUUCACCGAUAAGAGGAUCUUUGCCAAAACGAAUAACCUCCUCCCAUCUCUACCAGCACUUCCUGUGUACGUGUCGCGCCGUGUUACCUGUCGCUUCAGGGCCCCUUUCCCGAGCACCGUCUACGUUUGCUUCUUCAGGUGAAAAGCACGCCACCGGAGAGUGUGUGUUCGAGGAAUAGUAGGGCUUGUGUCGAUUGGCGGAAUAGUUCCGAGAAAAAAAAACGAAGCCUUUCUUUGCAGACCACCCACCAACCCCUAGGAAGCAUGGCCAAUAACCGCCAGCGGGGUACUCCGCGACCGGAGAAGAACGCCAGCGAGUCCGAGGGUGGGGAAUCGCUGUGUGUGGUUUGUUUCAAACCGAUCGUCUACUUUGCGAUCGGCGAAUGCGAUCAUCUCUGUUGCUACGAGUGUUCCACCCGGAUCCGGGUGCUAUGUCGCCAGAACGAUUGCCCCAUCUGUCGCCGCGAUCUGUCCAAGGUUAUCUUUUCCAAAGUGCUGCUACCGUACCAGCAGCUGGAAACGAAGAAUCGCAGUGGGCUGUACGACAAGAAGUACCGCAUCUGCUUCACGGAGGUUGAGGUACAGCAAGCUUUCUUCGAUCUGCUGGACAACAAAUGCCCUCGAUGCGACGAGAAAAACUUCCCCAAGUUCGAGCUGCUGCGGGAGCAUGUGCGCAAGCGGCACGAAAUGUUCUACUGCGAUAUCUGCACCGAGCAUCUGAAGGUGUUCUCGUCCGAACGGCGCUGCUACAAUCGUCAGGAGCUGGCGCUACAUCGGCGCAAGGGCGACCCGGAUAAGGUCGGCCACCGGGGACACCCACUGUGCGAGUACUGCGAUACGCGCUUCCUCGACAAGGACGAGCUGUUCCGGCAUUUACGGAAAGAUCACUUCUUCUGCCACUACUGUGAUGCCGAUGGGCGGAACUAUUUCUAUGGUGAUUAUGCCUCGCUGCGGGAACACUUUCGGUCGGAUCAUUUCCUGUGCGAGGAGGGUGACUGUGAGCAGGAACAGUUUACGUCCGUGUUCCGUUCGGAGAUCGAUUUGCGGGCGCACAGGGCAACCGCUCACGGUAAAGCGAUGAACCGAGAGGCUAACAAACAGACGCGACGGCUGGAGCUGGAGUUUUCGUACGCGCCACGCCAUGGUUUAGCACCGGGCGGUGCCAAUGCCGGACCGGGAGGUGGGGAUCGUGGUGAAAGUUCCGGAGGCAGAGGUGGCGCUGGUGCCGGAGGCGGUAGAUCACGAGGUGGUGGACGUGGUGGUGCUCGUGGUGAUGGUGGUACUAAUCGUGAUGGUGGUGUUGGUCCGGGUAUGACGAACUACGAUACGCAGCGGGAAUUCGAUAUGGGACUGCCGGAAACAACCCAGCAAAACCACCAGCAGACGAUCCAGCAGCACCCGAAGCGAGUGAUCGAUGCAACCAGUGAGCAGGACUUCCCAUCACUCGGCGGAACGGCACCAAAUCCGGUGUUUAGGCCAAGCAACUUAUCCAUCCGCCAGCGUGUGUACGGAGCCGCUGGUCUAGCGCGGACAAAAGAGAAUUUCCCAGCGCUCGGAUCGGAAGGUGGCGAAAGUACCGGACCGACCAGCUUGAACGAGGGCUUCAGCAGCAAAAUCACGGCCAGCUCCCUGCUAAAACCUAGUCAACCGUCCAGUGGCAGCCGAGGGGUAGCCUCGGUAGUAAGUGGUGGAGCUGGUACCAGCAUGAUGAUACACGUCUCCAAUCGGCCACCAUCGGCGAGUGCUUCGGGCAGCAAAGCGAAUGGAACGGCGGUUAUCGCUGGUAAGCGAAACCAGGCAGCCGAUUUCCCAGCCCUGCCCGGUUCGUCGAAGCAACAAGCGUCAUCAACUGCCACCGGACGCAAGAUGGUUGAUCCGUUCGGGGAUCCGGAUGAUCGCUCUGCCGGCAGUGGGAUGGUGAACUUGAACGCAAUGUCCGCCAAACAUCGCGCUCUGGCCGAUGACUACGUGUCGGUUUCGAGUCUCGUUUCGAAGGUGAACACAAUCGCACCCAAGGACGCGCAGGCAGCAGCAGCGGCCAAAAAGGGUAAGGCGGCGGGUCAAGUGAUGGUACCAAGCGUUAAUUCGACGAAAGCCUUUCCAUCGCUCGGUGAUGCUACGGGUGUGUCUGCUGCUGGAACGAAACCAGUCUCGUGGGUCGCUAGUGCAUCGAUCGCCACUAGCAGUGGACAACAGUCUUCCUCGUUCAACGUUUCUUCGAAAAAGAAACCCGCACCAGCACCGAACCUGAAAGAUGAUAGCAGUGGUAGUGGUGGAUUUGUGAAUCUUAAUGCUCUUACGGGCAAAAAAUCAGGCGACAGCAAAUCGAACGCAAAGCAGAAAGCAACAACGACAACCAACGCUGCCUCCAAAGUCGCCGAUACGCGCAAUAACAACAAUGACAUCCAAGCCAUCACUGACUCUGCCGCGAAAGGCGGAGCUGCGAAAGAUCGAUCAAAGGAAGGUACAUCGAAGCAACUGACAAAAUCAAAUGGAGCGCAUCCGGGAACCGCCGGCGGUAACCAAUCAAACUCUAGCAGUAACAACAACCAGCCGAAUGCCACCGCCUCCAAGAGGAUAGCAGCAGGCGCAACUGGUGAUACAACGCCAGGCUUCGACAGUGAACCUUUCCCGGCACUCGGGAACAAUGGUCCCCUCGAUUUUGCGCUGGCAGCUGGUCCUAAGCGAACUCCGCCCGGUUUCGAGAAUGUGAAGCGCGUUCCGGGACCACCGCCUGGUUUCGGGCAUGCCGUCACGCUGAACUCCGUCGCUCGCAACACCAACAACAUGACGUUCACGAACUCAAACGGUGAAUCGUACAAUAUACUGCCCUCGUACAGUUACGCCCCGGUAUCGAAUGCCUACAAACGGAAUCAGAGCCUGGAGACGCAGUUUCAGAAGUCGUUGAAAAAUCUGACCGCCUUUAACGAGUUCAAAAGGAUGUCACAAAUGUUCCUUGAUGGACAGUACAACGGGGCAGCCUACUACGAGCAGUGCAAGUGUGCACUCGGUGAUCGCUUCAACGAGACGUUCCCCGAGCUGAUUGCUCUACUACCGAACAUCGCUAAGCAACAGGAGCUGUACCUAGUGUACUGUCAGGAUGAAAAAAAUCGUCCAAGACCAGCGACUGGAAAGGGAAGAGGGACGGGAUCCUCCGCGAACCGGGUGCUGGAAGUUUGUCAGGUGUGCAAGCAAGUUUUGAUCAGCACCGAGCUUACGGAACACGCUCAAACGCACUACCUGGAGAACAACUUCCCGAAGCUGGGCCGAAAUGGGAACGACGAAGCGGGAGCAAAGCUUGGUUCUGCGUGGAAGAAAUGAGCAUUAUAUUUUGCUUUAGUUGGGGGAGAAAGAGAGGUGUGCAGGUGAAAUUGAAAUAAGCACGAACUAACUGAUCGUAAAGCUGCAGGUUUCAAAAAGUAAAACAGCAGUUGUCUAUUCUGAUCGAUCACCAUAGUGCAGCGUACAGGUUCUGUUGUAACUAAAACAGGUUUUUUUUGUUUCCUCUUUGGUUCUCUUACUCUAACCACCGAUGAUUGGAUUGCAUUGAAGCAAUGUAACAUGAAAUUCGAUUACAGCGACGCGACACUUUUUGAAUUCUAUGUGUUAUGCCCUUGCGAAGAGGAAAAAUUCUACCAAAAAACCAACCCACUCGGGGUGGCAGAGUAGUACAAGAUUCGCGAGAUUCUGUAAAUGUAAAUGUUCUUUGCCUCUUAUUUCAUGCUCUUACAGGGAAAGCCCAUAGCUCCGUAACGGUUUUUUGCGUUAAAAUGUAAAAAGGAGAGUAUGUUAUAGGCGCUUGUACAUAACAAUAAAGCAGAAGUAGAGGAAAAGGACGGCCUUCAAAAGGUAAU